GAAGUCCUGACCGGAUGUUAUCCUGCCUGCUCUGACGUUGCUCGCUUUGCCAGGAAACGCAUCUGAGGAGCGUCACAUUUGCUAUUCGGUCGCAUAAACUACUGUGCCUUGAUUACAGCUGAUAGUGUUUGCUGUUCAUGAGUUGUUUUUGCCUUGACUAUCACCCGUCGAUGAACUAAAUCACUCGGAACCUCGUGCAGCAGAGAGUUGUUAUACGUUACAUGUUACGCAAUGAACGUGACAGUGACAGAGUGACUUCUUGCACAUAAAACAAGCUAGUUGAGCUAGCUCGGCUAAACAACUUCAGGGACGUCUGUUUGUGUGGUCAGCAGCUCGGAUAGAGUUUGACACCUCUUUUCUUUUAACUCGUGCGAACUUAAGAUGGCUUUGGUAACCGUUUUCAGAAGACUCGCCCUCGUGAGGCUACGAGAAUACACGCGGAGGUCGGCGGCUGUGGGUCCGAGUGCCUGGCUCACCGGUCAGAGGAGUUUUACCACCGGCACACAGACUCUUAGGUAAGUGGAUUUACAUAGAGAGCACUCAUACACCUCUGGAUAAACUUUGUACCCCGACGCCCUUUACUUCGAUUGCGGUCUUGUAAGGACAGAUCCGUGCACCAAACCCCAUUCAAAAAACACCUAAUUAUAGCGCAUCACCUUUCUCCUCUGCUCAUGCUCUGUAGCAUGUUGAAAGAGCUGUGAAGGGGUCUUUUCUCAUGCUCACGAUGUUGCCAUCUUGAUAUUAUGCAAAACGCGCUUUUUAAAGCUCUAAUUUUCUGUGUUGCUCCCUGUUUCCAGAGCUGAUCCCUUGUACAGUAAAAUUAGUUGGUAGAAAGCAUUGAGAUCAGCACCCAAAGCUUAAAGGAUCAGCUGAAUUGCACUCUUGCUUGUCCAGUGUCACAUUUGUGGAUUGAGUGUAUUCUUCCAAGAUACACAAUCUAGAGUCAACAAAACAGCACAGGGACAGCUGUUUGCUUGUUGAAACAGGGUUGCGUUUAGGCUGGAUUGAAAAUGCUGAUAAUCCAAAAUUGCAGAAUUUGGAUUGUUUUCUUGAACCUUGAAAGCAGAGCCUGAAACUCCCCACAAACACAAGGCUGAUGUGAUUCAUCCAUCUGUCCCGGUACAAGGCUCCGAUCAAGGCUGGCCGUCCCAUGGCCAAACAACUUGUCAGAACCUGACCCAGGUUGAGGGUUUGACAUUCUGGGCCGGCCUUAAACACACAAACAUUCGACCCGACCUUCGCAUAACAACCAUGUAUAGAAGUCCGCUCCUGCCAUCAACAUCUCAGGCGGCUGUUUCCAGGUCUUUGGCUGUUUUUUGGCUUAACGGGUCAUGCAGUACAUGAGAGGGUACGGUUGAAAGGUUUAUAAUUGACAUAUUUUGUAAGCGGAUUAUAUAGGGGUCUGACCGGUCUGGAGAUUUCCAAGGGUCACUGAGUGCAUUAUGUACAUUAUAGAUGAGGGUUACAUAGGUUUUAGACCCUGGUAGUUCUGUGUUUGUGCAGCUUAGACCACCUGUCUAUCGUGUGUACUCAAAAGUCAAUAUUGGAUCAUUCUUUUAUAGUACAGAAUUAUCUACGAGAGAAAUCAUUGGUCUUUGUUGUAGUUGUGUGGCUAAGGUGAUUAAAAAAGGGACUCUGUGUUCCUUGUAUGUAAACAAGAGUCACUUGUUUGACAAGGCUCCAAAGAAUCUGAAUCGAUUUAAAAAGCCUCAGUUUCACAUUCAAAAGUGCAGAAAAACUUCUAAAAAAGCAGCAUUUCGAUCAAAGAUCCACCUAAAGAUUUCGUGCAGUGAAACAGUUACUUCACCAGCAUGGCUAAGCAGACGAAGAAUGUUUAUCCUGGAGCUGAAAGGUAACGAUUAAUUGGCUGAAUAUACCCAGGAUUUAGCCAUGUACAAUGAACAAAUGUGGAUUGUCAGAAAAUUUUGAAAGGUGUCAGGAAAACACUGGCAGCAUGUGUUUUAAAGAGUAAAUGUGAACUUUGAUGUGAAGUAACGACUCUCUGGAGCGAAAAAUGACUCAUAGGAUGUGCCAGAAGAAAAGAAGACCAACACAUUUUAUCAUCUAUAGUAUGUUAACGUCAUUGAAAGAGUCAGGGUUUUCAUAGAUCGGAGUAACUGUGAUCUUAAGGUACCAAAAAGCAGCAAAAACAGAUGUGACUCUGGAGUGCAAAUCACCGCAUGAGCUCGAGAACCGGUACCAAAUGGUUCAAUCCAUCGACAUCGUUUUCGUUUCAUCUUAACGAUUCCCUUAAUGAUUCCUUUCUUCUGCUGCUCCGUCUCAGCAUGUAUGUCCUGUGUUAACAUAAGCACAGUGCAUGCCAGACUUGGACCUACUGAGUUAGAAGCGCCUCAAAAACACUCAACCCGACCCAAAAAACCCUCGAAAUUUUGCGCGCGACUCUGCUUGGUAAUGUCCUCUUUCUUGACCUAAUAUCGACUGAAGUAAACGCUGUACUGAUAGUUUGUCGUUUGAUUAUUUUUAGACUACUGUUAUCAGAACUUAAUACAAUUUUGAGUUAACGGUGAAAAUCAAAGAAAGGCAUUGAUUAGGGAAUCGUUAAAGAAUUGAAUCGACAAGCGGAAUCAAUAAUGGCAUGGAUAUCGACAAAAUCUUAUCAAUUCCAGUUCCUAACUGCCUGCGAAGCUAGUUCAUCACAGCAUUCAAGAAACCAUGUGUGAAUGCAGUCAUGGUGGAUAAAGAUGGAUCAGAGUGAGUCUGAUGGAGAAGUGGAAAACUCUUCUGUGCUCUGACUGAAAAUAUGACAUUCUUUUUGGAAACCAUGGAUACCACGUUCGCAGCCCUAAAGAGGCGGGACCACAUGAUAAAUAGAGGUUUUAGAGCAGCACAUGCUACCAUCUAGUCCAGGUCUACACCGACCUGUUUGCACAUCAUGAAACCAAAAACAUGUCAAAAGAGACCUCAAACUGUGGAGCAGCUGAAGUUCUUUAUCAGACAAGAAUAGGACCACAGUUUCACAAAUAAAACUCAGAGAUGUUCCAAGCUCAUUUCUUCAUCCGGCUGAACUGUGUGCAGUGAUUAGUUUGGGUCCCUAGAGGGCAGCAUGAGCCAGGGGAGUUAAAAUCCUGCCAUGCAAAUAUUGACUGGUCCAGAUUCCCCGUUUGUUAUGUUAAGCUUUAUAUGUUAAAUGUAUGAAUGAAAGAAGCAUGUCUGAUCAUUUCAAAUAAAAAAAAUUGUGAUUUUUUUUUUAACUCUGUUGUUUGUGUUUGUCUCAGGUCAGACAACAAGGUGACAAUCCACUUCAUCAACAGAGACGGAGAGAAGAUCACAGUAAAGGGCUCGCCCGGAGACUCGCUGCUAGAUGUCGUCAUUAAUGAAGAUCUCGACUUUGAUGGCUUUGGUAUGAGAGCUCACGCUAACCCAGAAACACUCUGUCAUUCAUGCAAAUCUGCAACCCUUUCAACGAGAUAAACUGAUAGCUUCCCGCCUGUAACCGAGCGGAGCCUUAUCUGUCAGGUAAAGUUGUGUUUGUGUGCUGUCAUCUUCAGGAGCGUGCGAGGGCACCCUGGCGUGCUCCACAUGCCAUCUGAUCUUCGACGAGGACGUCUACAAGAAGCUGGGGCCGGUCACAGACGAGGAGAUGGACAUGCUAGACUUAGCUUACGGCUUGACUGACACGUAAGUGACGCAAACGCGCGCAUUUAUUGAUUCACCUCAGAAUAACAAACCUCGAAAACCAAACAAUCCCGUCAAAACGCUUUCUAAUUCAAACACUGAUAGUGAAGUGUUUUAUUUUUCUGUCAAACGGGCUCAACAGCAUCAGAGAUGUCACAUCCUGUAUUAUGCUGAUAAGUUAGUUACCUGGAUGUAAUCAGAUUUGUCAGAGCUGAUCAGUUAAUCAGAGAAGGACAAAGAGAUAAAUACAAGAGAGCCUGUCCUCCUGCAUGAGCAUUACACUAACCUCAUAAACAGCAGAGGGAACUUCUAUGAACAUGAAAUUGAGUUAGUAUGAAUAUGAUGUCAGAAAAUGAAGCACAGAUGAUAUAUUGUACUUUUGACCAUCCGCCUUCUUUUCUGUAAUUUUUGCUUUAAAAGCUGCAAAACUGUAACUGAUCAGUCACACUUGACCCACAUUGAAAUUUCUAAAAUAACACAGUGGGAAGUGGAGUUGAAUGAUAUGAUAUUUUUGAAUAGACAAUAGACAAUAUUUUUGAAUGUGCCAGAGUGUGUUGAUUCAAAUGGAAACAGGCAGAGAAAUGGUAAUAAUCAACACAGGCCCUUAAGCAGCAGCAGACAGCUGUUAAAGGAAAAAGCUAUGACUGGAUAGAGGAGAAGCAAAACUAGCAGAAUACUGGUGUAUGAAGUGGAGCGUUCAAGAGCUAAAGGAUCAGAAAAAUGGAAGUAUGGUCUAAUAAAAAUAUCAUAGAAUAGCACUAAAAAAUGUCACAGGAUCACAUGAUAAAAUGUCAUAUACUAUGACACUGUAUCAUACUUUACUGGGAUAUUUUUUUCAUACUUUACUAUGGCAUAGUCAUUGUAUAGUAUGAGAAAAUGUCAUAGUAUUGUAUGAUAAAAAUAUCAUUGAAUAGAACCAUAAAAAUAUCAUUGUAUAGAAUGAUAAAAAUAACAUAGUAAAGUAUGAUUAAAAUAUAGUAAAGUAUGAUGAAAUGUCAUAGUAUAGUAUGAUAAAAAAAUCAUGGUAAAGUAUAAUAAAAUGUCAUAGUAUAGUAUGAUAAAAAUAUCAUUGAAUAGUAUGAUAAAAAAUAUCAGUAAAGAAAGAUAAAAUUAUCAUAAAAUAGUAUGAUAAAAAAAAUCACUGGAAAGUAUAAUAAAAUGUCAAAGUAAAGUUUGAAAAAUUGUCACAGCUAAGUAUGAUAAAAAUGUCAUAGUAUAGUAUCAUAAAAUAUGAUAGAAUAGUAUGAUAAAAUGUCAGUCUAGUAUGAUAAAAAUGUCAUAGUUUAGUAUGAUAAAAAUUUCAUAGUGUAGUAUGACAAAAUGUCAGUAUAGUUCGAUUAAAAUCUCACAGUAUAACAUGAUACAAAGAUCAAAUUAUAGUUUGACAAAAAAAUAUUUUAGUCUUUCGACAAAUCUUAGCCCAUAUGUGUGAAACCUUGAUUCAAUGUGAACGUAUCAGAGAUAGUACACAAAACUGAAGAUGUGAUGCUUUAAUUUCCCCACAGGUCUCGUCUGGGUUGCCAGAUCUGCCUGACAAAGUCAAUCGAGGGCAUCGUGGCUCGCGUCCCCGAGAGCGUAGCAGACAUCAGACAAAGCAAAGACGGCUCCUCUUAACUGGGACUGCGCGGCUGCAGACAGCGCGGUUGUGCCCUGUCAGAACUGCGGGUAUGAUAAGUGCGUACAGGGACGAUGGAAGGUGUGAACUCUGUCAGCGCUGCUGCAUCUGCUCGUCUGCCACAGAACCAGCUCCUCCUUAUUUUUUAUUAGUAACAAAAACACAGUUCCAACUAGAGCCAGAUCUGGAUAACCAGGACAUGAGAAUACACAACUCUCUGAAUCGAUCAGUUUUAGAGAAAUUCAAGAUAAAUCACAAGUUUAACUGUAUGUUUCAGCGCACAGGACAGCAGCCUCUGGUAGCUGUGAGGAAUCAAAGUGUCAAAGAUAUCAACUCUCGUCCAAGACAGACCUUUAUCAUCAUGCUACUGCUAACUGGUAAUCUUUCCUGUUUCAUUGAAUCCCACUCAGAAAACCAUCUUCACCUCAGAAAGUCAGCUCAAAAGCUCAGUCUCCACCGGUCACCACUGCCUUUGACUAGCAAAGGAGUAUCUUUCACUUCUUUUAUACCGCUGACUGAUUCGCACUGACUCUGCAUUUAGGAUCUGGUCCUCCUGUGCUGUUAGACCCUUUCCUCCCUGUGUAAAUUCAGCUGUAUUCACUGAGUGAUGCAGUUAAAGUGGUCCGCAGCUGAACCGACUAACAGCUCUCGAGGCCUUAAACAUUGAGCUGAUGCUGACAUGCCCUGGUCCUGUUAUUUUAUUCUAUGUAAACCCCUACUAUUGUUUGUUUGAUUGAACCCAUCAUGUAACCUUAUAAUUUCAUUAUGUGAUUGUACAUAGCUAGAACACACACAUAUAUAUCUGUGUAUAGAGUGAAAAAGAAUGUAAUAAAAAAAAUCACCUUUCUAA